AUGGACAACCAAGGUAACCGCCUGUAUCUCAACUUUGGGAGCAACAACGAGCGACUCCCUGCCAACGACCGCACGUACCCGACCACGCCCUCUACGUUCCCGCAGCCCGUUUUCCAAGGCGGGCAGCCUGCGGCCGCCCAAGGCGGCGCCCAGCAACCUCAGGCCUACCAGCAAGGCGGAGCGGCGUAUCAACAAGGAGGAUAUUUCCAGCAGCCCAACGCCCAGUAUGCCGCCCAGUACGCUGCCCAAGUUGGGAACUCCCAGGCCACCGACUAUGCCGCUGCUGGCCAGGGCUACGGCGGUCAGGCGAGGACCACUACACCUGGAGGCGCCAACAACGACCCCAACACGGGACUUGCCCACCAAUUUUCUCACCAGAACCUAGGUGGCGCCGGCCGGGCGUCUCCUUACAACAGCGGUCGCGCCCCUCAGCCCGCGGCCGCCCCAGGUCAGCGACCCCGAACCGCCGACUCGCGUGGCCAGCAACCAGGCUACGGGAGCUACGCCAACGCACCGCCGCUGCCGACGCAGAAUGCUCAGGCCGACUACUUCGCUGCCGCGCCCGAACGGAACCCGGACAAGUACGGCCCGAAUGCGAACAACAAUCAGAAGAAGUGCUCGCAGCUGGCGUCCGACUUUUUCAAGGAUAGUGUCAAGAGGGCCCGUGAGCGUAACCAGAGGCAAAGCGAGAUGGAGCAAAAACUGGCCGAAACGACGGAUGCCCGCCGCCGGGAAUCAGUUUGGGCCACCGGUGGCCGUCGCGAGGGGUCGUACCUUCGUUUCCUGCGGACUAAGGACAAGCCGGAAAACUACAAUACCGUUAAGAUUAUCGGCAAGGGCGCCUUUGGCGAAGUCAAGCUGGUGCAGAAGAAAGCCGACGGCAAGGUUUACGCCAUGAAGUCGCUGAUCAAGACGGAAAUGUUCAAGAAGGACCAGUUGGCUCACGUGCGUGCGGAGCGUGACAUUCUGGCCGAGUCGGACAGCCCGUGGGUGGUCAAACUCUACACGACCUUCCAGGACACCAACUUCCUGUACAUGUUGAUGGAGUUCUUGCCGGGUGGUGACUUGAUGACUAUGUUGAUUAAGUACGAGAUUUUCUCGGAGGACAUCACGCGGUUCUACAUUGCUGAGAUUGUCCUGGCGAUCGAGGCUGUCCAUAAGUUGGGCUUCAUCCACAGAGACAUCAAACCAGACAACAUCCUGCUGGACCGAGGCGGUCAUGUCAAGUUAACAGAUUUCGGUCUUUCCACUGGCUUCCACAAGCUGCACGACAACAACUACUACCAGCAGCUCCUCCAGGGCAAGUCGAAUAAGCCGCGCGACAACCGAAACUCCAUCGCCAUCGACCAGAUCAACUUGACAGUCAGCAACCGGUCCCAGAUUAACGACUGGAGGCGAUCGAGACGACUGAUGGCGUACUCUACGGUCGGUACGCCCGACUACAUUGCGCCCGAAAUUUUUACUGGGCACGGGUAUUCGUUUGACUGCGAUUGGUGGUCGUUGGGGACCAUCAUGUUUGAGUGUCUAGUUGGCUGGCCUCCUUUCUGCGCCGAGGACAGCCACGACACCUACCGUAAGAUCGUCAACUGGAGGCAGUCGCUGUACUUCCCAGACGACAUCCAGCUUGGCGUCGAGGCUGAGAACUUGAUUCGCAGCCUCAUCUGUAACUCGGAGAAUCGCCUCGGCCGUGGCGGUGCGCACGAGAUCAAGAACCACUCCUUCUUCCGCGGCGUCGAGUUCGACAGCCUGCGACGUAUCCGUGCGCCGUUUGAGCCGCGCCUGACCUCCAACAUCGAUACGACCUACUUCCCCACCGACGAGAUUGACCAGACCGACAACGCCACCAUGUUGCGCGCCGCACAGGCCCGCGCCGGUGCCGCGGCGGGUACUGGUUCGGCGGCCCAACAGGAGGAGAGCCCGGAGAUGAGUCUACCCUUCAUUGGGUAUACCUUUAAGCGGUUUGAUAACAACUUCCGGUGA